AUGUUCCCACCACUCAUUUUUAUAUGUCUUUUGGAGGUGGUACACUGGAUAGGAACAUAUCGUACACAUUCUGAAACAAUUUCACCUCUCCGUUUAAUCAUCUUUGGUCAGGUACUGGUACCUGGUCUUAACCCAUACAUCGAAGUUUGUUUAGCUGUACCUCAACAUCAUCCGGGUGUAGCCGCUUCUGCUACCAACAAGGUGCUCACUUCCGGUGUUUUGCAGGAGAUAUUUGCUGCACUCUGUCCCAGUUUGGUAUUAGUUCGGUGA